AUGCCACAAAAAACUGACAGUAUCGGCACGUCAAAUGAAAACAACCCUAUAGUAAAUGGCAAACCAAUGUUUAACGGUACUGUGGCUAGUCCAGAACCCAUAAAGAGUCCUCAACAAAAGAACAUAACUAUACUUGAAUCAACAAUUUCGCGACGAUUAUCCACAACUACAGAUCGUACGUUGGGAGUGGUCUCAAAUCCCAGUCGAAGCAAUUCCCGACAAACCAAGAAUGCUACAACUUCAAAAGUUGACGACCCAGUUGGUAAUUUUCGUUUGUCGAUUGACGAAUCUGUAAUUUCAGCAUUGUUGGACUGUGCUUAUGCUGACGUUAAACAUGAAGUUUUGGGCUACUUGGGUGGUACAUGUGAUGUAGAUCGAUCUGAAAACACUAUUGUUAGUCGUGUUAAUCAAUUCGUUGCAUCAGAAAGAAUUGUCACUUCAUUAUUGACUGAUGAGGUGCAAGAAAUGAUCAACUCACGUGAAAAUGCCAUUCAAAUCUUUUCCGAUAAUAAUUUAGAAUUUGUUGGGUGGUAUCGAAGUGCAGGAUUUAUUAUCAACAUAUCGACCACAUCUUGCCCUUCAAUCGGUUCAAAGGGAAUAGGUGUAAACGGACUAGUCAAUUCAAUAAGCGUUUUUAGAACUUUUGAAUCGUCUAGUAUGAACGGUGAUAUUAAUAAUUCGGUACCAUUAGUUAAUAGAACGAAAGCUGGUAAAAUAUGGAAGGGCAAAGGGAAAGCGAAUUUGAAAGCAAACAAGGUUUCCUUUAAUGUAAAUCGUCAAAUGUAUAUUUGUCCGAACGUUAUGCAACAUUUAAGCUGCGCAUUGAUGACAGUUCUUCGAGAAACAAGACAGACUUAUGCCGGGCAAGUUUUAGAGUGUGAGAAUAGGAAUGGUCAAAGAAUAUUCAUCGACUCUCAGUAUGAAUCUUUUUUAAUGAAUUUUCUAAGGAAGAGUGUUCUACAGUUUGAUAGAUCAAUAGAUCAAGAUUUUAGGACGCUUGCAUUAGCCAAACUUCAUAUUAAAUCAUUAAUAUCAAAGCGCGUUAAUGAUACUCUGGCGAUUUUACAGAAAAAUACAGAUAUCAACGACAACGAAAAGCUUUCAAAACGACGGAAACUUGAUAAAUUAAUUGAAAAGUUGGUCACACAACGUAUGGAUAAACGCGAGAAGGAAAUGAGAAAAUUGGAGAAUGGAGAUGAUGUAGUUCAAUGGCUUAAUUCAAAAUCACAAAAUGAUGAGAAAACUGUGGAUGAGGGUGCUACAUUUAAUAACUCUACAUUGUCAAAGUUGGAACAAUCACAGAAAACUUCGGUUCAUAAUAAAUCUGUUAUUGAAAGUUCGGAAGUAUUGACCUCUUCCACUUCUAACCAUUUGGAACAGAAAACGAUGUCGACAUUUAAAAAAGAAUCUUCUAUACUGCCUCAACCAAAUAACACUAAAUUGAAAAAUGAUAAAGUGAAAGAGAAUGUUGAACCGGAUCAUGAUGUGGUUGUAAUUGAAUCUGAUUCGGAAAUCAGCGUCGGAAAAUCUGAAGGAAAGUCAUCAAAAUCACUUUUGAGAAAGCCCAGUCUGGAUUCAUCACAGCUUAACCCAAUUUCAAAAAGACUUAAAUCUUCAGAAUCAAGUCUUCCUAAUGUAUAUUAUAUUGAAUCUGAAUCCGGGGGUUCUAAAUCGAUAUUUGGUUCCAAUCAUGUUCAAGUGAAUGGAACUUCAUCUUCACUUCAAUCAAAUAAAGGCUUACAUAUAUCACCGUUUCUAUCAAAAUCUUCAACUUAUCCUUCUUCCUCACCUAUGCCUAAUUCACCACCAUCACAUGAAUUGAAUGCAACUAUUCGGUCACCUACGUCCCCUAAUGGGAACAAGACUGUUAAUGCUUCUCAAAGUUCUGGAAUACAUUUACCAAGUAUUCAAGGUUUAUUGGAGAUUUCAAGUCUCGCACCAACGUCACCGAAUUCUUUACCUAUAGUGGUUGUAGACCCGAGCCCUACCAUCGUGCAACCUCCUUCUUUCCCUACUCCUCUUUUACCAUCAUUUCAACACAGUCAUUAUUAUUCAUAUAAUCAACAGUCAAGGACAACGUCGCCACCGAAUACAUCACCAAUACAGCAUCAUUUAAUUUCCAUUAAUAAUAAUAAUACAUCUACUGGAUCAACCUCAACCAAUUCAAGACAUUACAUCCCUAUUGCUCCAUCACCAAUUUCAACAACAGGAGGAAGGAAUCGACCACCAUCUACUUUACAAACAUCUACUUCACAAACAUCUACUUCAACAUCUAUUUAUGGCAGCGAUACAACAAAUCAUUUAACAUUUCCUCCAACGGAAUCAGAUUAUCAAUGGCAAUUAUAA